AAAACAACGAAACAGAAACAAAACCCUCUCAGGAGCAUCAUCGACAUCAUCAAAUCAUUCUAAUGAUGGGCCUCCCCAUCCUCCCAAACACCUCAAAACAACCCUUUCUUUACUUUCUUCCAGUUCUGUAAAUAAAUCUCAUCAUUUUUCUUCAUCCAAAAUACGAAAUUGUCGGUUUUGGCAUGGGCUGACGAUUCGACAAAACGAGUUAGGGUUACAAACUCCUGAAAAAAAAAUCCUAGUCUUUAUCCUCACUAAUGGAUUCGACAAGGUCCUCCAACCGUUCCUCCUCAAGCUCUGACAUCGUCGAUACGACGCCGUUGCUCAACAACUCGAGCGGGUUGGGCGACGAGACAAAUCCGAGCCGUCGAUUUGUUCAGCGGCAGAGCCUGCGCCAGGCAGCUCGGUUUCUGAGGCAAGCCAGCAGCGGCCACCGGAUGAUGCGCGAGCCGUCGAUGCUGGUGCGCGAGACCGCGGCCGAGCAGUUGGAGGAGAGGCAAAGUGACUGGGCGUACUCGAAACCCGUGGUGGUCCUUGACAUCAUCUGGAACUUCGCCUUCGUGGUAAUUGCUGCAACGGUCAUGGUCCUCAGCCGGAACGAGUCGCCAAGGAUGCCUCUCAGGCUCUGGAUCGUGGGCUACGCUCUGCAAUGCGUGCUACACAUGGUUUGCGUCUGCGUCGAGUAUCGGAAGCGCCAGAGAAGGCGUCGAAGCCGGUUGGCGGCAUUUAAUUCUGUGGAAAGUGGUGGAAAUUUGAGCACGGGGUCGAGAGAGGAUUCGGGGCAAUACGUAACAUUGGCGGAGCAUCUGGAUGAGGACGGCACCGGAAGUGUUGCAAAGCAUCUGGAAUCUGCAAACACAAUGUUUUCAUUUAUCUGGUGGAUAAUUGGAUUUUACUGGGUAUCGGCAGAUGGUCAAGCUUUAGCGCAAGGCUCUCCUCAGCUUUACUGGUUAUGUAUAAUUUUCUUGGGUUUUGAUGUGUUCUUUGUCGUUUUCUGUGUUGCACUGGCAUGUGUAAUUGGUAUUGCUGUUUGCUGCUGUCUUCCAUGUAUCAUAGCACUUUUAUAUGCUGUGGCAGACCAGGAAGGUGCUACAAGAGAAGAUAUUGAGCAGCUCUCAAAAUACAAAUUCCAAAAGAUUGGAGAUAAUGAGAAACUUGCUGGUGAUGUACAAGGACUUCAUGGAGGAAUAAUGACUGAAUGUGGCACUGAUUCUCCCUCUGAACAUGUUCUUUCACCGGAGGAUGCAGAGUGUUGCAUCUGCCUCUGUGCUUAUGACAAUGGGGUUGAGCUUAGAGAACUUCCUUGUGGUCAUCAUUUCCACUGUGCCUGCGUUGAUAAGUGGCUAUACAUUAAUGCUACCUGUCCUCUCUGCAAGUACAAUAUUUUGAAGAGUAGCAGCCAUGCUCAAGAGGAAGUAUAGUAGACUUCCCACUCUCAGGAUAUCAUGCAUGGCAUGCCGGCGAUGGGUAGUGCUAGCUCUGAGUGUAUCUUUAUGUGCAGCGUGUCAAUAGACUACAUAACCUUUUUAGAUCCGUUGCUGUUACUGUGGUGGUUAUGUUCUCUGUGUUAGAUGUAGUUGCAGUUUUUUACUUUUGUCGUUGUCGUUGUGGCGGUGGUAUCAACAUUGCAGCUUUCUUUGUCCUUGCCUUGGAAUCUGUCUGGGAGUGCUCGUCUACAUGGGUGUCUGCCAAUGGAUCGAUCACCACUUUAGUUGUCUCAAAAUCUGCUGUGCAUUUUCCUUUCCACACGUGAAUGUUAUUGUUUGGGGCAAAUAUUCAACUUGGUAUUUCCUAUAGUCAAUGGCUCUUCUAUGCCCCUAUUUACUCUUGUUGAGGUUCAGUACCCCCCCGGAUUGAAACGAACUGCCUAUUUGAACUCAAAACAUUUUAAGAGCUUGUUGGUAUUGAGGGUAAUCAGAAAAAUUUGUCACUGGGAAUCUCAGUUUGGGAAGGA